GUUUAUGAGGGCUCGCCGCAGUGCAUUGGCGUUCAUAUAUGACAGUCGAAAGGGCAAUAAACGCGAGGAAAAAGGCUGAAGUUUAUGGUUGCCUCGCUCUGCCACAGUCCGGCCUUGCUUUGCGCAUCCUUUACUGCGCGCAGGAAUUCCGUCCCUAAUUACGAGACAUCCUCCUCGUUGCCGCAGCAACGCGGUCAUAAAAGCUGUCUGAAAGUCUGGAGCAUUUGUACAAUUGGAGUGCAGUGCAAUAAACCGUCUGAGAACCAAGGUUAUUAACUGUGUUACCGGGGAGGUGAGAGCGACGACAGGGGAGAGGACAGAUAGGAAAACUCUCUGCAUGUUGGCCCUCGCGCCUUCUCGCCAUUCGACAGCGUUGUUCCCAUCGCUGGGUUCCUCCGGCUCAGAGUAGAACAACACGGGGAGCGACUGGGCACGAGGCCCUGGCUUGGCUACACCACAGGGUGGCGCUGAUGGGACCAAUGUCACGGCCGAGGAUCUUUUUGUCUUCGCGCACACACCGCACCGUGGACACGGCCCCGGCUGCUACGUAGCGUCGGAGGGGGAGGGUCUUCCCCUCUUCCAGCCUUUCCAUUGGUUUUACAGGCAGCCCGGUGGAGAUGGGGGUACCUCUAAUCAUAUCCAGCAUGUUUUGCACAAGAAAUGUCAGCCAGAAAGGGCUAUCUUCUCCCGUCGCCAAAAUAUACUACAAUAAUGUCAUGUUCCGAGAGUUCGCCAGGUAAUGCGUUUUUAGUGGAUUCCCUGAUCAACGGCCGAACCGAUGGCGGUGCGGGGCACUAUCCAGGAAGCGCGGUGUGUGUGCCCCAGAGCUCCGCCACAGAACUACCGUACGGACUUCACAACUAUGGAUACUUCCCAGGUAUGGGCAAACGGGGCGAGGUCGGCUCCCAUAACGUCGUGUCCGGCUCAGGCGCAUACAUGUCCGGCAUGGAGAUGUGGAUGGACGCGCAAAGGUCAUGUCGAAUGGAUCAAGAACAGACUGUCGGUCCCCAGGUCGCGCCGUGCUCGUUCCCACAGAACAUUAAGGAAGAGAGCAACUACUGCCUGUACGAGCCACAGAAGUGCUCUAAAGCAGCCACUGCGGAAAACCUCACCUAUUCGAGGUUAGGUACGGUCGGUUCAGUUUCUGGAUCGUGUACGGUUGCCGAUGGCGGUGACGGCGGAUCAGUGCCCGUGCCGGGCUACUUCCGCUUGUCUCAGAUCCACGCACAUUCUCAUAAAAUGUACAACGGCCCCCAGCCGAACCCUUCCCAUUCCCAUUUUGGCAUACACCCCCCUACUCCUGUUCGUUUUCAUACACCAACAAACCCGAAAUCUCCCGUUCAAGUCGCGACGCAGGAAAGCAGAACCACUGAGGGCUCCGUCUCAUCUGGGAACGUUACCCUGCAGUCUCACCCCGCACCCUUAGGAGAGGAGCAGAGACGAGGCUCAGAAGAGGAUACAGAAGAGUCAUCUGCAGAGGAGACGGAAGGAUUUGAAAAAGAGGGUGCUGCACAUGGCAGGAAAGGAGACUCAAAAAGUGAAACCCCGGCCAACUGGUUGACAGCAAAGAGCGGCCGGAAGAAACGUUGUCCAUACACCAAGCAUCAGACACUGGAACUCGAAAAGGAGUUCCUCUUCAACAUGUACCUGACUCGCGAGCGUCGCCUAGAGAUCAGUAAGGGCGUGCACCUGACCGACAGACAGGUCAAAAUCUGGUUCCAGAACCGCAGAAUGAAGCUGAAGAAAAUGACAAGGGAGAAUAGGAUACGCGAGCUCACGUCCAACUACGGGUUUUCAUGAUGAAAAAUGUGGUACCAUCUGAGAUCAAAUGAAUAUGGUUGAACGUCAUUAUCUUUUCACCGUUCAUUUAGAAUAUUUUAAUAUUGGAAACGUUUGCUAAAAAGCGAACUGUCAAUGCCUUGUCAAUGACCUACUGACAUUUUUUUUAUGUAAUUUUCCAAUUUGGUCUUGUGUAUAUGUGAUUGGUUUCUGAAAAUUAUGUCGUCAGGCUGAAUAGAUAUCAGCGAAUAAAUCCCUUUUCAGUCGAGUAAUCUCUCUUUACAGGCCUAAAUGUAUUAUAGACUUGUAUAUAGUAUAUAUAUAUAUAUAUAUAUAUAUAUAUAUAUAUAUAUAUAUAUAUAUAUAUAUAUAUAUAUAUACACAUAUACAUAUAUUUACAUAGGCCUAUAUAUGUAUCCAUAUAUAUAUAUAUAUAUAUAUUGCUUUUUUAAUUUAUAUAUAUAUAUAAAUAUAUAUAUAUUAUAUAUAUAGCUAAAAUACAGUUUGUAUUAUCAAUUGCAAAUGUUGAUUUGUUUUCAUUAGGCUAUAGGUUGCAUGAUUUGACGUGGUUCAAAAUUUACAUUUCUUCAUUCUGAAAGUUAUUUCUGAAAUACAGAAAAUGUAGGCUAAAGCCUCUUUUCAGAUAUAUAGCCCCUUGUUUCAAAAAAAAAAAGUCUAAACUUGCUGACCCUAAAAUAGAGCAAUUCCAUGUAAAUUCGGUAAAUAUAUGGGCUUCAUUAGGCCUAUGCCAAUCUGAAUUUUAGAGGGGGAAUGUUACAAUGUAUAUUAUUGUAUAAACAUGACGUUGUGAUUUUGUUUAAUGUCAAAUAAAUUAUCAGCCCAAGUUGAAUUAUUAGCUGUUCAUAUUUUUAUUUUGGAUGUAUAUGCAUUUUGGAGUACAUUUGACCCAAAAUAGGUAAAAUAGCUUCUGCACGUUAAAGGGGCAAUGGGUUAGAGAUUGUAUCAUUGCGUUUAUAUGUUUCCACCGGUCGUCAGAUGUUAAGAGCACCAGUGUAAUGGCUUUCGGAAAUCAGUAUUGUCCUGGCCGUAUAGCUGCGAGCCAAGCCGGCUAUUGUAGAGUUUUAUGGCUCGCUUGUAGCUUAUAUGACGAUUCUCACUGCCCUCAAAGAACAGCUUCAGUCGAGAGUGCGCCCAAGACCGCGAGCAGGCCAGAGACGGAGCUAAAUAAAUGUGGAGAACAUCACUUCAGAAUUACUCUAGAUAUUGUUCUUAUUUUCCUCUGCAUUGGUCUCAAUGCGUUCACCAUUCAAUUGGCGGGUAAGUGAAAUCAUGCAUUCACGCAUAGUAGGCCUAUAUUUUCCAAAUGUUCAUUAUAUUGUAGGCCUAUCAUACUUUUGAAUCAGGUUAAACUACGUUGCAUGCUGGUAUGGCUUUGUUUGCUUGCAGAAAUGUUCGAUGAUGAAUUCACUUGAUUGUGUUUGACUUAAGGCUGGAUCGACUGUCGAGUGGUUUAGGUAGUUUCAUGUUGUUGGGAUCUGUCUUCUUACUCUGCAACACGAAACUGUCUUAAUUGCCUCAGUUACAAACAUCGAGUCCUCGGAGAAGACGUGAUGUCUCGAAAAUAGUGGAAAAAUACCGGGGCUGUAAACCAUUUAACCUCACACCAGUCAGGAGACAGGUUGUUGGCUGUGUUUAUGACUACCCCGCAGUGUCAUUUUU